UGGUAGUCAUCAACUAACCAUCAAUGAUGAUUUGAUGGUGUGAGAUUGGUGUGAGAUUUUAUCCAAGAGGUAAUGACCAAUUCGGUACCCGAAAGAUUCAAACGCUGACAUUUUGGUACCCAACUAUUGAUAUUGACAAAAAGGUACCUGAACGAUUUAAAAUUUUGCCAAGCGUGUCCAAGAGCUUGCCGGAACAUAGCUCCGGUGAGUACGAUGCUUACGUGGUGGGCGGUUUUUGCUGACAAGGCUAGUGUUAUAUUAGAUGGAAUUUGUAAUUUUAAUUAUGCUUAUCCUACUUGGAAAAUAAACUAAACCUAAUUUGAACAUUAGUUUUCCCCCAAUUUUGCCCUAAAACCCAAUUAGCUCUCCUUGCUCUCUCGUAGAGCACAAUCCCAAUCUGAAAGAUGCAAGUAGCUAGGGCUCGUGGAAUAGGUGGAACCGUGAGAAAGCACUCAUCCGUAGCCUUCGACGUUGAUGGUGGUUCUGGAGUUGGUAGUAAACUAUACGAUGGGUGUUGCUUUUGUCCCCUUCCGGUGGUUCCGUUGAAGUCGAAGACAAGUAGCAACCCUGAUAGAUGGUUUCUACGUUGCCCUCUGUGGAAGAACACACAAAGACGUUGUGGGUAUUUUCAAUGGUUGGAUGAAAUUGAAGAGCAAUGUGUGGAAGGAGAAGUGUCUUCGGAGAAUAGCAACAUGGUGGGUAUAGCUGACCCAAAAAAUAAAAUCAGAAUGAACCAGGAGUGUAGUGAUGGCCGAGAAAGGGAUAGGAUGAUGAUGGUGUUUCCUGUGCUUAAUGACAUGAAGGAGCAACUGAAGAGGGUUGAGUUCUUGUUGAUUGUUAUCUGUGUAUUGCUUGGGUUAAAUCUGGUUUUGAGUCUGCUGUGUAUGGCUAAGUAGGAAGACAAUGGUCAAAUUUAAGAUUUU